AUACUUAUGUCAAAUAUGGCCUCAGCCGAGGGUAGCACCGGUCGAAAAAUGCCCGCCAUUGAGCACAAGUUGAACAUUACGGAGGAGGAAAUACCAGACGCCGUACGCAUCAUAGCUGAGCAGCAAGGAGAAUGCCCGAAGACCAAUCAGGAAAAAAUCGAAGAAUUUCGCAAUUAUAUAUUGGAGCACAAGGAUUGUCAGCCCCAUCGGAACGAUGACAAUUACCUGCAAAAGUUUCUACGUACACGCUAUUGGAAAAUAGAGAAUAGCUACAGAUUGCUUUGCAACUAUUACAAAUUCCGCGAGGAUAACAAAAAAUACUAUGAGAAAGUGCGUCCCUUAGACUUGCGUCAUCUGGGCGACGAUGAUAUAUUGACUGUGACGCCAUAUCGCGAUCAAUUGGGACAUCGCAUACUGAUCUAUCGGUUCGGUCGCUGGCGACCGAAUCGCGUGACUGUGGAUGACAUAUUUCGCGCAACUAUAAUUCUGCAGGAACUGGGUUCCCUUGAGCCCAUCUCCCAGAUAAUGGGCGGCGUGGCCAUAUUUGAUCUAAAGGACCUUGCACUCGAGCAUCUGCUGCACCUGAGUCCCAGCGUGGCACAGAAGAUGAUUGCAUUGCUAGUAACCUCCAUGCCCUUGCGCACUGCGGCCCUGCACAUAGUCAAUCAGAACUGGCUCUUUAAUGCGGCAUUUAAGAUCUUUAAGCCUUUCCUCAACGCCUCCAUGCGAGAAAAACUCUAUAUACAUGGCAGCGAUAUGAGCUCCCUGCAUAAGCAUAUAUAUCCAGAACACCUGCCCAAGCGGUAUGGCGGGCUACAUGACGAUUAUCCCUAUAUGCUCUGGCUAGAUAUGCUGGAGCAACAGUGCGCGGAAAGCGAAAUUCAAAAGGAUAUGGAACAGUUGGGCUUUAUUUUUAACUAAA